CAAAAAUAAUAUUUAUAAAAUAAAACGUUAUAAAAAAUCAUUGUUUAUGAGGCUCAAGGUCUAUAUAUAAUACCUUAACCUCCUUGUUCUUAGCUACUACUCUAUACCUUUAUCAUUAUUUUAUUCCUUUAUUUUUACGACCAUAAAAUAAAUAAUAAUGAAGCUUCUUGGUUUUUUAAUCUUCUCCGUCUUCAUCCUACAGAACUUCAGUGAGGCCUUAUCUGCAACCAACAAUACAGGAAAUUCCCUCACCCAGGAUAAAAUUAAUGCAGGAUUUCAGAAGAAAUAUUUUGUGAGAAAUAUGAAUUGCAAUCAUGCUUGUGCGAUGAGAUGCACAAGGUCAUCAAGGAAGAAUUUGUGCAAUAGGGCAUGCAACAGUUGCUGUUUUCAGUGCAAAUGUGUUCCUCCUGGCACUUAUGGCAACCACCACCUUUGCCCUUGCUACGCCCGCCUCAGGACCCAUGGCAACAGGCCUAAAUGCCCUUAAAUUUACUUAAUACUGCAUAAAUCAUAUCGAUUACUAUAUGAUUUAGUGUCAUCUUUAAUUUAGCCAUUGAGCCAACGAGGCUAAUUAAAGAAUCAAUAAUGUAUUGUACUAUCAGUCUAUUAUUAUCUUUUGGGUGUUGGAAAUAAUGAGUUGGAUCGAUAUAGUUAUUAUAUCUACUGAACUGAAUUGUGUAUUAGUUUGUCCUUGGUUAUGUUUUACAUAUAUAU